AUGAGUAAAUCAUAACCAAUAUUUAUAUACGGAAUUACAAUUAAAGAUGAUAGAGGAAAAUUAAAAAAUUGUUAAUUAUGUGGAGUAAAAUUUACAAUGUCAGUUAAAGAACAUUAAUGUAAAAGGUAAUUUAUUUAUUUUUAAUUCAAAAGAUGUAAAAGAGCAGUAUGUGAUAAAUGUGCUCCAAAUAAAGCUAUAGUAUAAAAAGCAGAUGGAGUUUCUAAGAAGGCACAUCGUCUAUGUAAUUUUUGUAAAGAUGUAAAAAAAUUAUAUUAAAGUUUUUAGGAAAGUGAUUCACUAAAAAGAUUCUUGGAAUAAUACAAAAUAAGUUUUAACAAAGAUUCAUUUUCAUAAUAAUGGUUACAAUCAUUUGGAACUGAUAUUACGAAAGCUAAAAAUGUAAUUAUUAACAUGAAUUUUAGGAUUUCUUCAAUGCAUUAGAUGAUGCAAAGCUAUGUAAAGAUACAAAUGCAUAUGAUAUUUUUAAAGCAAAACUAGAAGUAGUAAUAAAUGAUAUAGAUGGAUUUGUUAAUUAUUCAAUCAAAGAAUUUAUAGUAAAUGCAUUGAAAAAUGUGGAACCAUAGAGACAAAAAGAAGUAGUGAAGACUUCUAUUUUAAAAGUUGCUGGAACACUUUUAUUAUUGUAUCCUCAAAUAGGAUAUUCACAUGAAAUAGUACUAAUUACCUAUUUUCUCCUUUGUUUUGCAUCUGAAGCAUCUGCUUAUAUUCUAUUAACUGCAAUUUAUGCACAUAUUUUACCAUCUUAAUUAUAUCCAAAGUCAAAUACUAAAUAUGAUUUAGUAAACGAAUAUGCUAUUGUUGUUGGUGUAUUAAAAGAUGCUCUUUAAGUUGAUCUUAAUGAUAUGACUGUAAUUAAAAGCUUUCUCUAACAAAAGUUGAAAAACUAUUUACUUACAUUAGGUAUUAAUCUCUUUUUAUUUGAAACUACUUUUUUCAUUAUUAGUUCAGUCUUAACAUCUGGGUCUAAUGGCUAUAUGGAUUUAAUGGCUUAAAUGGCUAUUUUAUGUUCAUUAUCUAAUUAGGAAUUAUAGAAAAAUAAAUUUAAUCAUGAAGAAACAGAAUUAUUCAUGCUUAGAUAACUUCGUACUAAUUAAUUAAGUGUUCUUUAAAAAUAAAUACAAAAUUGCGAUUUCGAAAGUUAUAAGAAAGUUUAUAUCACAAGUAGAUCUGAUUCUAUUUAAGUUGAUAAUUUAAUUUUGAGUACUAGAUAAUCUAUGAUUAAACCUGAUAUACAAAAGGUCAGUGAAAUUAAUCAAAAACUUUAAGAUCAAGUUGAUCGCAGAGAUCAAGAAAUGAAAAAGUUAAAUUAUGAGAUUAUUUAAUUAAAAGAUAAAAUAAAAUAAUUGCAAAAAGAGAAUUCUGCACUUCUCAAUUAACAAUAAAAUAAUGAUGCUGAACUUUAUAAAGUUAAAUUGCAUGAAUUAAGAAUUGACAAUUCUGUAUUAAAAUCCUAAAUUGAAAAGUUAAAUAAUGAAAUUUCCAAAUAUAAAUUAUAAAUAGAGGAAGAUUCUAAAUCAAAAGUUACAAAACCAAAAACUGAAACUAUUGAUAGUGACUAUGAAAAUGAUUUGGAAGAAAUAUCUUAAUUUAAAUUGAAAUAUGAACAAUAAAUUAGAAAUCUUAAAAAAUAGGCUGAAGAAAAAAAAUAAUAAAAUUAACCAAAUCAAAUCCAAAUUGAUGAAAUGAAAGAAAAUUAUGAAAAUAAAAUAAAGCUACUUUAGAAAUAAAUAUUUUAAUUAUAAUAAUAAAAUAAUAAUACUGAUGAAGUUAGAGAUUUAAAAAUAUAAAACCAAUAAUUGUCAAUGAAAUUGGAAAAAAUGAAAGAUGAAAAAAAUAAAAGUGAAUUAAUACAGUAAAAAAAUGAUGAGAUUGAUUUAUUAACUGAACUGAAUGAAGAAUUAACUAAAGAAAAUUAAAGAUUAUCUAAAUAAUGUAGAGAUUUGAAAUCUUAGAGUGGUGCUUCAAGUGCUUAAUAAAUAAAAGUAUUGGAAGAGGAAAAUAAAUUAUUAGAGUCAAAGAUAGAAUAAUAUAAUUAAAUAAUAAAGGAAUUGGCUACUAAUAUUGAAAAAGUAAAGGUAGAGAAAUAGAAGCAGUUAGAAUUUUCGGAUUUGAAAAUAAAAUAGAAAGAUGAUUUAGAGGAUGUAAAACAGGUUGCAGAAAUCAGAACAGUCUAGAAUUAAAUCCUAAAAGGACUUCUAAAAGAAAAUUAAACUUAAUUAAGUGAGUUGAUAAUUGCUAUUACACAAAUGCGCCAGAUUCUCGAAAAAUCAAAAUUAUUAAAACUUUGA